ACGAAGUAAAUCAGUUGUAAUAAUUCGCACCUGUGAACGGACUGUGCCCUACCUACGCAUACAGUCUAGAACAACCUACAUAAGUACAUAUCCACCUUACCUACAUUGUUUGGCCCGAGUACCCGCAGGAUGUCUACCUCAGUAAACGAGUCCAGGUCAAUCGAGCAGCCUGGCGCCGUUAACUACAUCCUCGCCUUCGUGGCCGUAGGCUGCGCCUGGGGAUUGACUACGCCCUUCAUCCGCCGUGCCGCACGCACGCACAGCCCUGCGCCGCACCCCAUCCUGGAAGCCGAGCACGUGCGAACCAGCUUCCUCCGGUCAAGGAUCUAUGGCGCCUUCUUCGCCGUAAUUGAUCUAUUGCGGAACCCGCGCUACGCCAUACCUCUGCUGUUGAACUUGACGGGUAGCGUCUGGUUCUUCCUCCUGAUUGGCAAGGCUGAACUCAGCCUGACGGUGCCCAUUGUCAACACCAUGGCUUUCCUAUUCACAGUUAUUGGCGAGUGGUGGGUAGAGAGCAAGGUCAUCAGUCGAGACACAAUGUUGGGGAUGCUUCUAUCACUUGGUGGUAUAGCCUUGUGUGUUCAGAGCAAGCUAUGAAGCAGGAUCUCGUCGCUGAUUCUCUCGCAUUUCCAACUCUAUGUGCCAGGCCUGUAUGAUUGCUUCGAUCCUAAAAAAUAGACAUGGCAUAGCUGCCUCUCGGUCUACCGCCCUGGGACCAGCAAUCACUUGGUAAAAUCAUAUUAUGUUUCAACAGUCGACGUGGCGCAACUUGGGCCAUAGACGGAUACAAUACCUGGAUUUUUUCCAAGGGCUUGGCAUGCGGCCUUGCGUGUACGAACUCAUGUUGUCUGAGAAAUUAAAAUGUUGUGACAAUUCGGAGCUAUCACAUGCGAAUCAUACAAUACAGACGCACCCAGUUCUGCAAAAGGUAAAGUAGACACAAUAUUCACAAGGAACAAGAAUGACAAUGAAACGUCCUCUUAACCAGUCUCUCCUGCCAUCAAGCACGACGCCGGGACCGCAGCCAGCGCUGCACGGCUCGCAGGCUUGGGUCCUCGCCCGUCCAACGACCUAGCUCAAUGUCGGAGGCCUGGAGCUGGUUAUAGACUGCCUCAUCAGUGAUGGUUUCGUACUCCUGUAUUAGUUGUGUGCCAGUCAGUAUUUGUUGACUCUUCUGUACAAACUCCCUAACGCAGCUUGUAAUGGAUGUGGGGGAACCAACCCUGCGUAGUGCACGGUCACAGGCUUUGAGCUGCGCCGAA